AUGGACUACAACUUCACAGAGAACACGAUGGUAGUAGGUAUCCUGCAGGCCUGUGAUCUCCCUGCCAUGGACGUUGGGGGAAGUUCAGACCCGUAUGUUAAACUCUACCUUUUGCCAGACAAGAAGAGGAAGUUUGAGACUAAAGUCCACAGGAAGACACUCAACCCAACCUUCAAUGAGACUUUCACCUUCAAGGUACCGUACAAUGAACUUGGAGGCAGGACUCUGGUGAUGACAGUGUAUGACUUUGACCGUUUCUCUAAACACGACGCGAUUGGAGCGCUACGAGUACCAAUGAGCAGCCUGGACUUCAGUCAGAUGACACAGGAGUGGCGGGAACUGAAGAAGGCAGAGAAAGAGGAGUCAGAGCGUCUGGGUGAUAUCUGUCUUUCUCUGAGGUACGUUCCUACAGCAGGGAAACUAAGCAUUGUUGUCCUCGAGGCCAAAAACCUAAAGAAGAUGGACGUAGGAGGACUAUCAGACCCCUAUGUAAAGAUACACCUUCUGCAGAAUGGAAAGAGACUGAAGAAGAAGAAAACCAGCAUCAAGAAGAACACUCUCAACCCUUACUACAAUGAGUCCUUCAGCUUCGAGGUGCCUUUCGAACAGAUACAGAAGGUGCAGGUAGCAGUGACAGUGUUGGACUAUGAUAAGAUUGGGAAGAAUGACGCUAUCGGGAAGGUUUUCCUAGGCGGAGCCAGCAGCGGCACAGAGCUCCGUCAUUGGUCAGACAUGCUGGCCAACCCCCGCCGGCCCAUUGCUCAAUGGCACGGCCUCAAAGCAGAGGAUGAAGUCAACGCUGAGCUGGCUGCCAGGAAGUGA